AUGACAGAAGAUCCUAAUAAAUCAAUUAUUCAAGAUUUUUAUACAUGUGAUAAACAAACAAAUAGAUAUAAUAUGAAUGAAGGUAAAACUUUAAAUCCUCGUGUACAUUUUGUCCCAGAAGAAGGAGUAAAUACAUCUAACUUACCUGGACCAAGUCGACCAACUUCAGAUUAUACUUUAGAUUCAACAGGGAAUAUAAGUGAUCAAAACAAAAUGUUAUCUCAUUUACUUUCAUCACGUGAUUAUGUGUAUAUGCCAACUAAUCGUAUUGCAACAAGUGGUACAUGUAACAUUCGUGGUGGACAACUUUUAUCUAACUGGCAACGUCAACAACAACCGAAUCGGCAACAAGCUCACAUUUAUGAUGCACAUCCUGAAAGUUUGAUUCAUAAUUUAAAUCAGUUGACUGACAACAGAAGUAGAAAUACACCUUAUUUUCUACAACAACAACAGCAACAACAACAACAAACAAGUCAAAAUCGCGUUCAGGGUGACCAAAUAUACGAUCCUGGAAAGAUAUCAAAUCAAUCACAGCAAACACGACUUCAAAACCAACCAAAUCAACAGCAAGCAAAUUAUCAACAGUUAAUUUCAGCAUUAUUAGCCGCUGCUUCUGCUAGUAAAUCUCGACUAGAGUCGCAGUCAUCACAAACUUCUAAUCUUUCACCCAUGGGUAUAGAUACAGUACUGAACCAACAGAAAUUUAACACAUCUAAUCGCUGGUCUGAUUCUGAACUAGCAAUUAAUAAUGCUAAAGACAUACAAUAUCAAGUUCAAACGCAACAGAUUAGACAACAACAGCAACAACAAGCAACGGCAGCUGCGGCAGCAGCAGCAGCAGCGGCUGCCGCGAUGGCUGCAUUGCAAUGUUCUGCUAAAUCUUCAGCUAACAUUCCAUUAAACAUGCAAAGACAAGUUCCUUUCUGUUUGGGAGUGGUAGCAGUAGUAAUACGAUUCAAAGAAAUCCAGCACAAUUACGUUCAUCUUAUUCAUCAGGAGAUGAAUCAUCAGCAAUGCGAAUUAUGA